UGAGACUCUUUUGCUCCUCCAGUUUCCCCUCCUCUCCCCCCCACUCCCCCCUCUCUUCGACUUCGCCGACCCGUCCAACGAGCCUUUGAGCUUCCAUCCGACGCGUCCGGCCGUCCCUCGCCCUUGCCCCCAUGUCGCCGCCACGGCUCCCGUCUUCCCGGCGAUGAAUCCCGCGGGCGCAGCAGCAGCAGCAGCAGCACCGCCCUCGUCGCCCGCGUCCCCCGACAGCGCGACCUUGUCCGCCGCCACCGCCGCCCUCCGCGGCGCCUCACUCGCCUUCCGAAAGACAAGACCCGCCGCCGCGUCGCCGCCGUCCCUGCCGCGCGAUAGGAGGAGCCAUGCCGGCACCGCCGCCGCGCUCUCGGCUGCCACGGGGGCGGCAGCUUCUUCGGCUUCGGCCUUGGCCUCGGCCGCGGCGCCACGCUCGAGAUCCCCCCCUCGGCCCGGCAGCGCCCCUCGUCCACACGGUACGGGAGGCAGCUCGUCGGCAGAGAUAGAGGCUCCGCCGCCGGUGGCUCACCUACCGCCUCAAGGGCUGGUGGCGGCGCGUAUACACCAGCUUGGGGCUCCCGCCUCGCCGUCACCGCCAUCGUCGUCGGCGCCGCUAUCCGCUGCUGUCCAGGCGCAGAACCAUCUGCUUUACCAGCAGCAUCAUCCCCAGCCGCCGCCGCAGCUUCACUUCCAGGGUCCUGGCGACGGUAGAGCUAUCGAUCCUAAGAGCCCGAGCUUCAUUGCGGCGACGCUGGCCGCGAGCCGCAGCGUGAGCCCCGGACCCAAGAUGGCGGUCCCUGCCCUGCGCCGCAAGGCCAGCGCCGGCGCUGCAAGCACCCUAAGCGGCAGCAGCGACGCACCUGUCGACUCGGGGUCCAUUGCGCCGACGGGCUCGCUGAUAAACAUGUUCGAGCGGAGCAGAAGUGACUCGACCAAGGGGGCGUCUUCGCCGGGGAGCGUCGUUGUCGGGAGCGCAGAGGAGGCCCAACGGCUGGCCGUGGGAAGAUAUAUGGCUGCACCGCCGCGAACGCUCCCGAGCCCACACCCUCCGACCCCUCCGUUGGCGACCACCGUCAAGCCGAGUAAGAGCGAUGAGGCGACCCCGAGGCGCCCGCCCACUCCUCCGCCGCCCAUCACCGCGCAUAAGGCGACUGCUGUGUCACCUGUCGUGUCGCGACCGAAGGAGCAGCGGGCCGAGAGUCAGCCGGUUAACGCCAGGGGGCCUAUACCAAAGCCGAAGCCGAAGCCUCAGGAGCGACAACCAAGCCCGGCAGCUGCCGUCGAGCCCCCUAUGCGGCCCAGACCAGACCCGGUCGCCAAGCCGGCGAACCUGCCGGUCAAGCUGCCGAGGAUCCGCCCCCCAACGGAGCCGUCUGUUGUUCGCUCUACUCCCGAGGUGCUGUCGCCGACGCCCGUCAGACAUGUCAAGCCCAGCUUGACACCAACCGUCGUCCUGUCGCCUCAGGGACCUCGGGCAACUCCGCGGGUUUUAUCGUCCCUCUCGCCUUCUCCGGAUCCGCAGAAGCGCAGCCCAAUGGCCCAGGUCAGCCCGCGGCCGCCCACCCCGCCGAAACCGCGCGGCAGUCAGAGACUCGCCGCCCCGGAGCCAUCGAGCGACGUUAGGCGGCGUGCCAGCUCCCACGCGCCGAGAGUGCACCCGAGGACUGACAUUCGAGGGUCUCCGUCACCGCGUGGGUCUCAAGGGUCACUAGGGCUCGCGAUGAAGGGGCGUUUGACACCUCCGUCGCAGCCCAUGCGUCGGCUGUCGGUGGCUAGUGCGCCCUCCUCGCCGGCCAUGGACAUGCCUCGGCGCCAUGUCACCGGUUCUUCGCCAAGCAACCUUCAGCUGGACUCCCUCACCAGUGCCAUCAUGGCCGGCUCCCUGGCGUCCGCGCGCCUGACGCCACACAGCACGGGCUCGUCGAUGCCUCCACCGAGCCUACCGAAGCGGCAGAGGUCGCCGCGUCUGCUUCAGACGUUGCGGCAGCCGACGAACCAGCAUGACGAGGACUCGGAGCGCAACCAGCCAAAGGGUCACCGGCACAAGCUGCAGCGCGGCAAGCACAAGCACCACGAGGGCUCGCGGAAGCGAUGGCGCGAGGAGAUGACGCUCCGCGAGCGCAAGCGAUACGAGGCGGUUUGGGCGUCGAACCGCGGCAUGCUGCUUGACAAGGACAGCCCCAGGCAGAGCGGAGCCAGCGGGACGGAGCAAGACUUGUCGCAGUACGUGGCCAACGUGGUGGUCCGCGACAUCUGGAGGCGGUCGAGGCUGCCCGAGGAUGAGCUGGCCGAGGUUUGGGGCGUGGUGGACCGGGAGCGGCGCGGCAUGCUCAGCAAGCAGGAGUUUGUGGUGGGCAUGUGGCUCAUCGACCAGCGACUGCGGGGAAGAAAGAUACCGCAGAGGGUGACGGACAGCAUGUGGGGGAGCGCCAACGGGGUGAUGGUGAGGAAGCCCAAGGGAAAGUGAGGAUAGGUAGGGGGUUUGACGGAGGACGCACUGCCGUGCAACGCGGGACAUGGAUGGUGGAAUGGUGGACGAGGGAGGGCGAGUUGCGCGACGGUUGGCAGAGAUGACUUUUGCGGCGAGAUACCCCCUACUGUAGCAUUGCCCGUUUGCAUACAGUAUGCGCAUGUGCAUUACUUACUUGGUACUGUAUACCUAAUUGAUAGAAAUAGACUGCUUUUGUGUCGAGUAGAACGCCCGCCCGCCGCUAUAGCCAUGCCUGCCUGCCUGCCCUUUUGCGCACAUAUGAUGUGUGGGUUUUCCUCCCUAUCCUCCCUAUCCCUGACGUAGCACCUACUGGGCAAACACUCCUCCUGCCACUACCGACUCGAGACGUACUGGUCG